UAAAGAAAUUUUGAUUGUUGUCGUUCGUAAAAUGAUUUCAAUCAAGUUUGUGUGUAAAAAAGAAAAGCUUCGCAGAAUAGAUACCAAAUAAAAGCCUAAAAUAUCUUAUUAUUCCACCCCAACAUGCAAUCAAGACGAAAACAGAGCAAAUAAUGAAGUAUUAAAGGAAUUAGAGACCCGCAAUUUAAAGUCGCAGCUGACUAGCGCUAAUCUAAUGACUGUUAAACAAAAAGACAUCAGUGAUUUCAUCAAAUCUAUCUCGACACAAACGACAACUCCCGUGAGCCGGCUACAACAGACAAACGCGCAGACGCAAUGAAAUUGGCGAAAUUCUCGUUUUGGCAGCGCUUAAUGAAUUGGCCAAUUCGCGAAUCGGCACAAUGUCAUAUUUGCAUACUUCAAAGUGGACACCACACCACAAUAGAUUGAAAGGCGGUACAAUGAUCUAUGACAAAGGCAUUUUGAUUUAUGUGCGUUUUUGUUGAGGUGACGGCGGAUUAAAAUAAAACGCUGUCAAAACAGUGAUACUUGCAAUAAGACCGAGCGCUAGGAAAUUCGUACCGAAUGCUGUUGGUCUCGCCCAAUGUCCACCCUGCUCGCGGCACUGCAUUGUGCAUUGCGUCUCAUUUAUGGAUGUGACCGAUUGUUAUGCGAUUAGGUGAGUGCAUAAUUAAUAAGUUUUUUUGUAACAAUUAAAUUGUCGAAGCUCCUCUGCAGAAAGCACCGUUAAAUAUGCAAAGAUUAGCGCGCACAAUAACAACAAAACAUCAGUAUAUCGCUAAGAGGAGUAGAGAAUGAAGGAGGCGUGCUCGGUUUUUGAAGUGUGAUUAAGAAAAAAAUUAGACAUGUUUGCACAUGCGCAGAAACAUACCUACAAUCGAAUACUAGGUUGAUAUGAAUGCUGCGAUUUGCAAUAGUACAUAUGUAUGUAUGUUGUUGACUCAUGACAAGUUAAGCUCAAGCGCUGAAUGAGCAUGCGCGCCAACGGCUUAUUACUACUCAUAAUUAAGCUACAAUUAAUCAGAAAGCAAAUCAAAAAAAUGAUAAAUGUUUUUUUGUUUUUGUUUUCAAUGCAUAAAAAAACUCUUAGUUAUUAACUUUUUGGGCGUCAUAAUAAAAAAAAAAAUAUUGGAUUGCGUUUUAUGCGAUGGAUGCCCCAAAGCCGUUAGACGAAUUGCAAUAAGGAACCAGUAGCUCAUCUGUGCGUAUCAUAGUGGCUAUAAAAAGCACUAUCAGCUGUAGCUAAGACAUCAGUUAAACAGCGAACAACCAACAGCAAGUGGUUUUGUGUUGAUACUAAACUAAACAAACAAUAAGUCAGAAAAUGCGUCUAUUUUUGGUACUUUGCUGCGCUUUGGUUACAAUCGCCAAUGGCAAACCACAAGGAUACAAUUAUGGCGCUGGCGUCUCGGGCGGUAACGUACAGGGUGGCUCUUACCACGGUGGCAGCAGCUUUGGCGGUGGUCUGAGCGGACUCAGUGGCCUGAGCGGCGGUGGCAGUGGUUUUGGAAGCUUUGGCAGCGCCACAAGCAACGGUCCAAGCUUCGGUGGUUUCGGCAGUGGUGGCAGCAUUGGUCACAGCGCUGGUGGUUUCGGCAGCGGCAUCGGUGGCGGCAGCUUCGGUAGCGGCUCUAGUGGUUUGGGCAGCGGUGUUGGUGGUGGCUUCAACGCGGGUGCUGGUGGAUUUGGUGGUUACAAUAGACAACAACAACAAACUGGUGUCUUUGAGGCCCCACUGGUGCAUAAGCAAUUCAUUACUGUUUCAGCGCCUGAAGAUCAUGAAACACUAGAGAAAUCCAAACAUUUCGUUAUUGGACGUCCACAAAAGAACUACCGUGUCGUCUUCAUUAAAGCGCCAUCCUCCAGCUCGGCUAAUGUCAAGCUCUCAGCUGAAUAUGCACCACAAGAGGAGAAGACCGUCAUUUAUGUGCUGUCCAAGAAGGACUCAUCACUCGAAGUCAACGACAUUGCCACACCAGCACCAACCGUGCCCGCCAAGCCCGAGGUAUUCUUUAUCAAAUACAAAACCGAAGAGGAGGCCCAUCACGCGCAACAAAAAAUUCAAGCCGAAUACGACAGAAUCGAAGGUACCUCCGAACACACCGAUGGCGGCAUUGGCCAACAACAAUCGGUGGUUGGCAUUCUGGAUGGCGGUGCUGGACAGGCUGGCGGCAAUGGCGCUGGUAUUGAUGGCGGUGUUGGUGGUAGCUAUGGCUCUGGAAGCGGUGCUGGCAUUGGAGGCAUUAGCCGCGGUGGCUUGGUUGGCGCUUCUAGCUCUAACUUUGGUGUUAGCCAAAGCAGUUCACAUGGUGCUAAAUCAUCCACCUACUUGCCACCUGCCAAAGCUUUGUAAAGAUAGAUAGAUAUAAUGUUUGUUAUGUCAAUUUUGUUUAUUAAACGCAAUACCUCAAAAUCAAUUUAAAUAACUGCUCUACAGCAGAGUAUAGAGUGUUCGCUGUAAAACCAGCGAGCAAAUAUAUUUUUUUACUGAAAUUUUUUAAUA